UUCCCGGCUGGAUCUUCGGCGGCUCACGCUCCUCCUCCUGCUCCUCACCGCCCCGCCUCGGCCCGCCGCGGCCCGGUACCAGCGUGUGGUCCCGCCAACGGAGCCGUCCGUGCCUCGUGCUCCCAGGACUGCGGUGCUGCGCGCUCGUGGUGCGUGGCACUACUCAUGGCGAUGGAUCGAGUGAACACGCUGUGCGAGCAGCUGGUGAAAGCGGUGACGAUCAUGAUGGACCCCAGCUCCACCCAGCGUUACCGGCUAGAAGCCCUCAAGUUUUGUGAGGAGUUUAAAGAAAAGUGCCCUGUCUGUGUUCCCUGUGGUUUGCGGUUGGCUGAGAAAACACAAAUUGCCAUCGUCAGACAUUUUGGCCUUCAGAUCCUGGAACACGUUGUCAAGUUUCGUUGGAACAACAUGUCUCGAUUGGAGAAGGUCUAUCUGAAGAACAGUGUCAUGGAGCUGAUCGCAAAUGGAACUCUGAACAUUUUGGAAGAGGAGAACCAUAUUAAAGAUGUUCUGUCUCGAAUUGUUGUAGAAAUGAUCAAGCGGGAGUGGCCACAGCACUGGCCUGACAUGCUAAUAGAAUUGGACACUCUUUCCAAACAAGGGGAAACACAGACUGAAUUAGUGAUGUUCAUUCUUUUGCGGCUGGCAGAGGAUGUAGUGACCUUUCAGACACUACCCCCUCAAAGACGAAGGGAUAUCCAGCAAACAUUAACCCAGAACAUGGAAAGAAUCUUCAGUUUUCUCCUUAACACACUUCAAGAAAAUGUAAACAAGUACCAGCAAGUGAAGACAGAUAAUUCUCAGGAGUCAAAGGCCCAAGCAAACUGUCGAGUAGGAGUCGCAGCAUUGAACACUCUGGCAGGCUACAUUGACUGGGUGCCCAUGAGUCACAUUACUGCUGAGAACUGCAAACUUUUGGAGGUGCUGUGCCUGCUCCUGAACGAACAGGAACUUCAGCUGGGAGCAGCUGAGUGUCUUCUUAUUGCAGUUAGCAGGAAAGGCAAGUUGGAAGACCGGAAGCCCUUGAUGGUCUUAUUUGGAGAUGUUGCCAUGCAUUAUAUACUCUCCGCUGCACAGACCGCUGACGGAGGAGGCUUAGUCGAAAAACACUAUGUCUUCCUGAAGAGACUCUGUCAGGUGCUGCGUGCCCUGGGCAAUCAGCUGUGUGCAUUGUUGGGUGUGGAUUCUGAUGUAGAAAUACCAGCAAACUUUGGAAAAUACCUGGAAUCUUUUCUUGCUUUCACAACUCAUCCAAGUCAGUUUUUGCGCUCUUCAACUCAGAUGACUUGGGGAGCCCUCUUUCGACAUGAGAUCCUAUCCCGAGACCCUUUACUAUUAGCAAUAAUACCAAAAUAUCUGCGUGCUUCUAUGACUAACUUGGUCAAGAUGGGCUUUCCUUCUAAAACUGACAGCCCUAGCUGUGAAUACUCUCGAUUUGAUUUUGAUAGCGAUGAGGACUUCAAUGCUUUCUUCAACUCUUCUCGGGCCCAACAAGGAGAGGUAAUAAGGUUAGCAUGUCGUUUGGAUCCCAAGACUAGCUUCCAGAUGGCUGGGGAGUGGCUGAAAUAUCAGCUCUCAACUUCUAUUGACCCUGGCUCCAUGAACUCUGGAACUGGAGAAAGCAGCCUCUGCUCCAUAUUCUCACCAUCAUUUGUGCAGUGGGAAGCCAUGACCUUUUUUUUGGAAAGUGUGAUCAACCAGAUGUUUCGAACUCUAGACAAAGAAGAAAUUCCUGUUACUGAUGGAGUAGAGCUAUUGCAGAUGGCUCUGAGCUUUGACACCAAGGACCCCCUCAUCCUGUCCUGCGUCCUCACUAACGUCUCGGCACUGUUUCCAUUUGUCACCUACAGACCAGAGUUCCUGCCCCAGGUCUUCUCUAAGCUGUUUUCAUCAGUCACUUUUGAAAUUGUUGAAGAAAGUAAGGCUCCCAGGACCCGGGCGGUGAGGAAUGUGAGGAGACACGCGUGUUCCUCCAUCAUCAAGAUGUGUCGUGACUACCCCCAGCUCGUGCUGCCCAGUUUUGACAUGCUGUACAACCAUGUGAAGCAGCUCCUCUCCAACGAGCUGCUGCUGACACAGAUGGAGAAGUGUGCCCUCAUGGAAGCCCUGGUUCUCAUCAGCAACCAGUUCAAGAACUACGAGCGUCAGAAGGUGUUCCUCGAGGAGCUGAUGGCACCUGUAGCCAGCAUCUGGCUUUCUGAAAACAUGCACAGAGUGCUCUCAGAUGUUGAUGCUUUUAUUGCCUAUGUGGGGGCCGAUCGGAAAAACUGUGACCCGGGCCUGGAGGAUCCCUGUGGCUUAAACCGAGCACGAAUGAGCUUUUGUGUUUAUAGCAUCCUGGGUGUUAUGAAACGAACUUGCUGGCCCACUGACCUAGAAGAGGCCAAAGCUGGGGGAUUUGUGGUGGCUUAUACGCCCACUGGGAACCCAAUAUUCCGUAACCCCUGCACAGAACAGAUCCUGAAACUUCUUGACAAUUUGCUUGCCCUUAUAAGAACUCACAAUACAUUAUAUGCACCAGAAAUGCUAGCCAAAAUGGCAGAACCUUUCACAAGGGCUCUGGAUAUGCUUGAAGUGGAAAAAUCUGCUAUUUUAGGAUUACCUCAGCCCCUCCUGGAACUGAAUGACUCUCCUGUCUACAAAACGGUCUUGGAAAGAAUGCAGCGUUUCUUCUGCACCCUCUAUGAAAACUGUUUCCAUAUCCUCGGGAAGGCAGGCCCUUCCAUGCAGCAGGACUUCUACACCGUGGAGCACCUGGCCACCCAGCUCCUCAGCUCUGCCUUCGUCAACUUGAACAAUAUUCCUGACUACCGACUCCGACCCAUGCUUCGGGUCUUUGUGAAGCCUCUGGUGCUCUUCUGUCCCCCGGAGCACUAUGAAGCCCUGGUGUCUCCCAUCCUUGGACCUCUUUUCACCUACCUCCACGUGAGGCUUUCCCAAAAAUGGCAAGUCAUCAACCAGAGGAGCCUGCUUUGUGGAGAAGAUGAGACAACAGAUGAAAACCCAGAGUCUCAAGAGAUGCUGGAGGAACAACUGGUGAGGAUGUUAACCCGAGAAGUCAUGGACCUGAUCACUGUGUGCUGUGUUUCAAAGAAAGGUGCUGACCAUACUACUGCUCCCCCUGCAGAUGGAGAUGAUGAAGAGAUGAUGGCCACAGAGGUAGCCCCCUCGGCCAUGGCGGAGCUUACAGACCUGGGGAAAUGCCUGAUGAAGCAUGAGGAUGUUUGUACAGCGCUGUUAAUUACGGCCUUCAACUCCCUGGCCUGGAAGGACACUCUGUCCUGCCAGAGGACGACCACACAGCUCUGCUGGCCUCUCCUCAAACAAGUGCUGUCAGGGACACUGCUCGCAGAUGCUGUUACAUGGCUGUUCACCAGCGUGCUGAAGGGCUUACAGACACAUGGGCAGCACGACGGCUGCAUGGCUUCCCUGGUCCACCUGGCCUUCCAGAUAUAUGAGGCGCUGCGGCCCAGGUACCUGGAGAUAAGAGCUGUGAUGGAGCAGAUUCCGGAAAUUCAGAAGGACUGUCUGGACCAGUUUGACUGCAAGCUGUUGAACCCCUCUCUGCAGAAAGUGGCUGACAAGCGCCGGAAGGACCAAUUCAAGCGCCUCAUUGCUGGGUGCAUUGGGAAACCCCUGGGCGAGCAAUUCCGGAAAGAAGUUCACAUUAAGAAUCUUCCCUCACUUUUCAAAAAACCAAAGCCAAUGCCAGAGACAGAUGCGCUGGAUGAGGAGGGUGGCCUAGCCACCAUCUUUGAACCCUAAAUCAAGCUGUUGCGCAUCCUUCCUUGACCUUUAUUGUCAUCUCUUCUUCCCCUGUGUAGCUGAUCUCUAGGCCCCUCUCCACUGCCACCUCACUUUCCACCGUCGUCAGCCUGGAGAGAGAUCCAGGGCUGGAGCUGGAGAGAGCGGGCCCUGUUUAGGGCUGGAAGUCAUUGUGCUCAAGUAUCAAGAGAGGGAGUCAGGGCUUACACCAUUCUGUCUAGAUUUCCCAGGUAUAUCUCAUCCUCUUUGGAGUUUUGCCUUUUCCCAGAGAAAAGCUAGAGCAGAGCGGCCCUUCCCCCCAAGCCCUCCCGUGCCCAGGCAGCCAUACACCUGUGCAGAGUGGUAACUAGGGGCGCUACACCCAAUGCUGUGACCAGCCAGACUUGCGGCAAGGGCUCAGCCCUGAACUACUUGUGCCAGAGUUUCUCCUGGGUUGUUGCGAGUUCCACUGAGCCCCCUUGCUGCCGGGCUGACAAGAACCUUCCCCAUUCUCCAGGGGCGUAUCUGGGUCAGGUGCUGAACUGAAUCUGGCCAGUUCCCACUUUGAGCAAGAAUCUGGUCGCCUGAGGAGAUCCGUGGUAUGAGCCACUGAUAAGCUCUGGGUACAGUAUCAAACAUCCGUCCCUUCAGGGGCCAGGGUCUGUAGUGCUCUAACACCCCUUAGAGCUCACGUAUUUUGUCCCGCCACGAAUCCUCAGUGUUGUCUCCCCAGCCCCCAGGGUCCACUCAGACACAAGAGCCACAGUACCCUAUCUAGUGUCAUGUGAUGUCACUGGCAUUCAAGGAUAAAUCCA